UGAACCAUGUCCCGAUAAUCCCACCCACUGAACUGCAAUGAAUCGGCUGGGAUACUACCAAUCAUACUCUCAAACGCGCGUUCGAUGAUACAUGAAGUGCCCGAGGCAACCACGGGGUUUGGAGAGCCCUCCAAAAUGCCCAGACCAAGGCCUCCACAAAUCCUUGGAGAGCAUAUUGUCAUAUCAUCAUAUCUCGUCACCAACAAUCUUCUUUAAAGCGAUCAUCUCACAAACUUAGAAUCACUCGCAUCUUUCUCCUCUUAAUCAUCCUCACCAUUCUUCCUCUUUUCGUUCCUCUCUCAUCACCCCCUUUUACUUCCCAAACAACCCCUAAAAAACCCAACAUGUCAACCCAAACCUACAUCAACGACCCCGGCGCCGGCCAAAAACUCAGCGACCUGUGCCACUACUCCCAAGCCGUCAUUCUAGGCGACAUCAUCAAAUGUGCCGGCCAAGGGGGCUGGACCGCGACCGGCGACCUCGACAGCAGCGACAUCCAGCGCGAGGUCGAUCUCGCAUUUGACAACGUGGACCGCGUGUUGCAGGCAUGUGGCCUGCGCGGGUGGGAGGAUGUGUACGCCGUGCGAUCGUAUCAUGUCGAUAUGGAUGCGUCCUACGAGCGCGUGGUGGAGAAGCUCAAGACGCGCAUUCCGGGGCAUCGGCCGAUUUGGACAGCGCUGGCGGUGCCGAGGUUGGCGUUUCCGGAGAUGUUGAUUGAGAUUGAGGUGGAGGCGUAUAAUCGGAGGAGCUGAAGGUGUGUAGUGGAGAGGGGGUUUGAUGGAGAGAAUCCUGGUGCGUCGAAGGAUGUCUAUGCAGAUGAUGGAGGGUCGGGAGUUUAGGACGUGCCGAUGUUGAUGGACAGGGUGAGCUUGUGGUCAGCUAGCAGAAUUCAUGAGCCAUUUUCUUAAAGUUGGUUUCUUU